GAUAAUCUGUCAUUUACACACGUCUGACACUUCAUUUGGAUACACAAUUUUUUUUGUUGGUGUAAAAUUAAAAACAAACACUAGACUUAUCUUCAUGAAAUAAAUUGAAAUUAAAUAUCAAAAUAAGAAUAAAAAUGGAUUCGGUUGAAGAGACAAAACCAAAAAACAACGGAGAAAAGCCAAAAUUUGUGGCUAGAACACCGACCGAUAUACAGCGCAUCAAACUGGAAAAACUCAUGAAAAAUCCGCAAAAAGUGGUUGCGAUUCCUCAAUCAAAUUCCCAAAGGAAUGGUGGCGAUGGCUAUGGUGAUACACCGUCUUUUGUACGGAAUGUGAUGGGUUCGAGCGCUGGAGCUGGUAGUGGAGAGUUUCAUGUUUACAGACAUUUACGUCGAAAAGAAUACGCCCGCCAAAAACAAUUACAACAACAAAGUGUGAAGGAACAAAUGGAAGAAGAUUUUCGCAAUAAAAUUGAACAGAACCGUUUGUUAGCUGACCAGAAAACGGCGAAGAAGCGAGCAAAACGUCUCAAGAAAAAACAACGUUCCAAAAAUCGAAAACCCAAUGAAAAUACAAAAUCUGAGACAACAAAUUCGGCGGCCAGUAACAGCGAUUCAGAUGAAGAAGAGAAAAGACAAUCAACUGAUGUCAAAUCAAACGAAGAUGAGUCGACGACAGUUAAUAACAAACCGACUGAUGAUAAAACAGACGCAAAUUAAUUAAAUUGUUUAACUUUUUUUCAAUUGGUAUUCAUAUGAAUGAAAUAAAAUUUUGCAUUUAAAUAAUA